GAAGUUGUCUCCCUUGCCAUACCAUUGCGCGGCAUAUGAGCUGUCAAAGUUUUUAAAGAACAAGAAAUGGCAUCAUUUGUAACAGAAGUCCUAUCAUCAGCUGGCAAACUGGAAACUCAGGAGAUCCAGGGAAAAAUGGAGGUGUUGAAUAAAAAAUUGACAGACAUGAAGAUGCAAGUUCAUGAUUCUAUCCAUCAACAGUAUGUCAACUUUUUACCACGUCUUAAAACAGCACAGACUUUGUCUGAUAAUGUAGUUAGUUUAUCAAAGGAGAUGACAGAAGUUGCUGAUAAGAUUGAGAAUGAGAUUAAAAGUCAGCUGAAUAUGUCAACUGGAGUAUUUCAGACAUUGAACACACAGUACCAGGAAGCAUCUGAAGUCCUUGUUGUUUUAGAUAAAAUUGUUCAGAUCCAGAAUACACUGGAGUGUGCUACAUUAGCCAACAAGUCCAAAGAUUUUGCGAAGGCUGCUGAGGCUUUGCUGGAAAUACAGGUUUCUCUUAGCAAGCCAAUUACUGAAGAUGAUAGUGAAAUCAAAAUUCUAUCAGCUCUUCAUGAAGAAAGUUGUGUUCAGAAAGAAAAAUUCUUAUUUGAUUUAGGUGAUCAAUGGAAAGAAUUGAUAGUUUGGGAUGUAACAAAAGUUAGUGAAAAGACAGGGGAGAUCAUUUGUAAAUUAAAGUUAGAAAAAGAUGCUGAUAGCUUAGAAAGCCUUCGUGGAAUUGUUAUUGCCAUGCAUAAAUUUGGAAUUCUUGAAUCCAAAAUGCAGCACUUUGGAAAUCAGCUUUUGACAUACAUUUUAAACCCUUUGAUAACAGAUUCAGAUUGUCAGGUUGCUAUAAGUCCUAAUAGUAGUACUAUACAAGUAAGGUACUUUUCAGGAAACAAGCAAAGCACUUACCAGCACCCCAAAGAAGUAUUCUCAAAUUUUGGAAAUAUUUUACACCUACUAAAUGAUUGCUUUUUGAAAUUGUUCAAUGUAGAAGGAAGAAAACAACCAUACCCAAAUUUAAUGGAACUGUUAGGGUCAGCAAUAUCAAGUAAGGUGCUAGAACUUAUCAAGGAAUGUUUAAAGGCAGCCAUUCCCACCAAUAAUAGUGAAUUAGAGAGCUUCAAAGAUAUUGUCUUAAUGACUGACACAGUGCACUGUAAAUGGGUGGAAAUUCAUUUCAUACCACCUUCCAACAAUGUUCUAGUUGAUUUUAUUCAGAAUAUUAAUGUUUUAUUUGCCAACAAGAAAUGUCAGGCAAUUUUAGAGAGAGCAAGGAAACUGAUGACAACAGAAAUUCAUAAUACAGUUAAAGUGUCCAGUGAUAAACCCUUGGGAGAAUUACCUCCCCUAGGUCCAGAUAGUGGAGGGGGAAAGAAGAAAAGAAAACUGGACUUAGCUAAUGAAGUACAUCUGAGUUCUAACACUUUCCGCUUACCAGAGUGCCAUAUUAGUGUAUGUGUGCAGGAGUUGAUGAAUGUAGCCUAUGAUACCUUGACUGAAGCCACAGAAAGUUCUGAACAAUGUGCCAUACAGCUGUUCUUUGCAGUCAGAAAUAUGUUUGAGUUAUUUUGCAGUGUGAUCCCAACAUUUCACAGAGACAGUCUUCUGAAAUUUCCUCAACUUAGUGCUAUUUUCCAUAACAACUGUAUGUUUAUUGCUCAUCACCUGAUGACAUUAGGGCACCAGUUCAGUAAAAAUCUACCAACCAACAUAAGCUCAACCUUUGUUGAUCUGGUUCCAAAAGUCAGAAAACUUGGUGCUGAACAUUUUCUACAGCAACUAGCUCAACAGAAAAAGAUAAUGACUGUAUAUCUGGAAGGUGCUAAAGGUUUUGUAAACGUUUCUGAUGAGCAGGUUUACUUUGAUGCAGAGAAGUCAAUAAAGCAGACUUUAUUCCAGUUCCAGCAUCUUCAAAAAGUGUGGCAGGAAGUUCUUCCAGGAUCUAUUUAUAGAAAAGCUGUUGGAACUUUAAUGAAUGGAGUGAUAUCAGACAUUGUUGCAAGUAUAGUUAUAUUGGAGGACAUAUCUUCGGAUGAUGCUAAACAUCUAGGUAGCCUUCUGACCUUGAUACAGGACAAAGCUGGAGGUCUGUUUGAAUCAUUAGAUGAAGAAGGAAUUAAUGUGAAAGUAGAACUACAGAGGAACGUACCAAAAUGGCUUAGAUUUUGUGAACUCAUUUCAAUACUCAAUGCUAGUUUGUUGGAAAUAGCAGAUAGAUGGGCUGAUGGUAAAGGUCCUCUUGCCAAUGAAUUUUCAGCAACUGAAGUAAAGCAAAUGAUUAGAGCGCUGUUUCAGAACACUGAAAGAAGAGCUAAUAUUCUUACUAAAAUAAAAUAAAAACUAUAUAUCAUA